GUGCCUCGCUGACGCCUUCGGGGGUGACAGGAACUAAGAGCCAGUCCCUCUGUAGCCGGGGUGUGAUCCUCCAGCAGCCUCCUGCAGCAGCAUGGACAGCGAUGAUGAAAACGUGGAGGAGGUUGUGGAAGGUCCUUUGGAUGAAGACGGUCAGCCACAUGGUUUCUGCACAGUGACCUACUCGUCCAGCGAUCGCUUUGAGGGACACUUCACUCACGGAGAGAAGAAUGGAAAGGGGAAGUUCUUCUUCUUUGAUGGAAGUACCUUGGAGGGUUUUUACGUAGACGACGCUCUGCAGGGCCAGGGGGUUUACACAUACGAGGACGGGGGGGUCCUCAAUGGGACGUACGUGGACGGCGAGCUCAACGGGCCCGCUCAAGAGUUCGACGGGGAGGGCCGCGUGGCGUUCAAGGGCCAGUACAAAGAUAACAACCGCUGUGGGGAAUGCUGGGUCUACUACCCUGACGGGGGCUGUGUGUUUGGGCAGGUGAAUGAGGACGGGGAGAUGACCGGCGACUCCGUGGCGUACGUCUACCCGGACGGCCGCACGGCUCUUUACGGGACGUUUGUGGACGGCGAGUUAAUCGAGGCUCGUGUGGCUACUCUGAUCUCCAACCAGGCGGGAAGACCACGCUUCGAAAUCACACCCAACAGUCCUGUGUAUUCGUACGACAAGUCCACAUCCUCCUGUAUCGCCACCCACACCCUGAUGCCGGACCCCUACGAGAGCCAGAGGGUGUUUGUGGCGGACUCUGUGAUCCAAGGAGCGGGGCAGGGCCUGUUUGCCAAGACGGACGCCGACGCCGACACAGUGAUGGCUUUUUAUAACGGAGUACGCAUCACACACUCAGAGGUGGACAGCCGAGACUGGGCGAUGAACGGGAACACGAUCUCUCUGGACGAAGACACCGUGAUUGACGUCCCUCGGCCGUUUGACCAGACGGAGCGGUACUGCGCCACUCUGGGGCACAAGGCGAAUCACUCCUUCACCCCCAACUGCAAAUACGACCCGUUUGUCCAUCCACGUUUUGGGCCGAUCAAGUGCGUCCGAACCCUGAGGGCCGUGCACAAAGACGAGGAGCUGACGGUCGCCUACGGUUACGACCACGAGCCCACGGGGAAAAACGGCCCCGAGGCUCCCGACUGGUACAAGCAGGAGCUGGAGGUGUUCCAGCGGAGACAGGUGGGCCCCACCGGCCACUGAGGAAAAACAGAUGAAUACCUCUGGACAAAAGAAUAACCCCCCUCCAUCACCCCCCACCCACCACCACCUGUACCUGUGCUACCCCCCCUUACAAGCCUCCUGGCGCAUUUGCACUUGUACUUGAAAGUCCCCGCAGUUUUCAAUCCCCCCCCUCCCCAACUUCAUGCAUAUUUAAGAAGUUAUACGUUAUAUGGCAUUCGGGCGGACUGCAGCAGCUUGAGAAAUACGUUACGAACCGGAGGCCUCGCUCGGGCAAAAGCAACACAAGAACUAUGCAAGAAACCAAACGGUGUUAGGAGACAUGUCUCUGGGUGGAGGUGUCACGCACUGGCCUCUCCACCCUUACAGAGUUAUUCAAACGGGAGUCAAGGGUUACACGUGUACGGUUGGUGCUUAUAAAUUUAGGAUACGAUAAAAUCCUAACUAUUACCAUUAGUUUUUAGUUUUCAUUAUUAGCUGUAAGUAGCAGUUUAAGUUGCAGGACUUUUGCUCAUUAUUUGUACCGCACACACUACACUACUUACUCUCAUUAUGUUACACUGACUAUUUUAUUUAUAAUAUCUGAAGUCGAUUGACUACUGUGUUGUUCCCUGAAGUUUAUAAUGACGAUUUGUAACUUGAGGACUCUGGAAAAAAUAAAUAAAUAAUGGAAAAGGUCCACCACUCCAGAAGAGACCUGUGAGCUUUGAUCCACUUUUCUAACCUAAUUAUCUGUGUUCUUACGCUCUCAAAAAUAAAAGUCCAAGAGAAGGAAAA